ACUGGAAGGUACGGUCGAAACUAGUCCCGUAGUCCAGCAUGAUAAAUGCGUACAUUUAGCAUUUUGUGUUUUUUGCACGAAUCUCUAAGUGACUAUCCAAGUACUAGUUCAAAUCACGUUGGCCUUGAAAAGACUGGACAACUGUUCAUUUUCCCUGCAUUUUCCCACUUUUUGCAUUCAAUAUGUUGGCUCGAAGAGUGUUGUAUCAUGCAUGGGACCGACUAGCAUGCACAAGCAUGGCCGUCCAUCCAUUGAACGAAUGCCCUCUUUCAACCAAAUUCUUUCAAUUUCUUCUCAAAAUAGCUUUCUGGAAAGGUUUAUUCCAUUUCUAAUGGUUGUCAAGUUGUAAAUCAACCAGCAUACUUUCUCCGCCGAAGUCAACCAUGUCCCGAAAUUAUUCAGCUCAUUUACAGUUCAAAUAUCUCAAUGAUCUGCCUCCUUUGGCCUUCCACAGGCUGAGGUCGUCCAUCGAGAACACUGCCACGUUCCAAUCAACGUCCUCCACUCAACCCCUCCUAGGCCACGCUUACACCGUCAGCGUGAAAGUGCCAUUCUAUCGUUCAAAAUUGUAUGGUUAUCUCCUCCAUUAUGUACACGUCGGAUGAUAUCACCGUUUGUCGCAUUAGUGGCUAUCUCCGAGGGAAGAUUAUUUAUCCUCAGGAAAUCAGCUGUGCAUGAUAAAAUGAGAUUUGAAGAAAUGCUCUCAUCUUUCAACGAUAAUCGUCCGCUAUAAAACCGAAAAUCAUCCCGCGUCUCCGAGGGACAACGCACCAACUACAGGAACAUUAUUUAAUUAAAAGUAUGUCAAGGAUACCGCAGAUUAUAUACCAUUCCCUUCAUUGGCAUCCUUUCAUGGAAGCCUUACACUGUGAUGACCGCAAACAUCCAAUGUGUGCUAUUCAAUUUGAAGGUGGAGUUCAACUUCGAAUAACCUCUCGUGAAAGGAGUAUUCUUCCAACCAGACCAUUUAUUCACAGUGCGGUUUUCAGAGUCGGUAAGGUGCAGCAGGCUGAGUUGGCUUCUUGGCCCUAGAAAAUGCCUAGCAAUUCUACAUCGAUUUCGUUCAACGAUAUGGAAGUUUCAAAAACUUCAAACCUUCUGUGUUGGAACGGAUCAGACAAAGCGAUGGGUACACUUGGGUACCGCCGUUUCCAUGGUGAUUAUAUCAAUUGCCUUAGAUCGACUCUUUGAAAUUCGGCGUAUUUUCCUUUCGGAAACUGUCGAAUAAAACUGUCGGUUGGUUCAACUAAAUUGUGCAGUAGGAUGAAAAGCAAGGUGCCUUUCCUAGCUUGCAUAAAGCCAAUCAAUUGGCAUGAACCAUCAGAUAUAACACCACGCUCCAUUGCCAACUGUUGACUUCGUUCUUAAUGGCGACGCAUCCCGUUUGCCAUGGCUGAGUUGUCUCCAAUCUAGAUGGGCUAUUUCCAGCAGAUUUGUCGUCGUGAGAUCCGUGGAACGUGAGACAAGAUCACAUGGAUGCAUCCUUCUGGUAAUCGAAUUCUCAACUGUCUAUUACUGAAGAAAAGGGAGGAUGUGACUCUUUGCACACGAGUCACAACAGACACGUUUCUCACAACUAUCUAUAUUUCAAGUAUUUAGAAAAGCUGAAGAAAAAACUUUACAGGACCAUCAAAUUUCGAUUUUUCAUCGCCGGAUUUUUUUGCACAAAGAGUUACAAUAUUGACCCUGCAAGGCUGAGCAGGAUACUACCACGAGAGGCAUCAGACCCUAGCGGACACGGGAUAGAGCAUCACGUGUGCGUCUCACGCCUGGAAACCCGCCCGUACUGACGGAUGGCGCAUGUCCCGUCGCUUCAUAGAUGCUGUUUGCAAUUUAACCAGCACCCACAUAGUAACCACGGUGAGAUCUGAAAAUUUGAAAUGCGCGCGCAGCAAUCACGAAGCAAUGAAACACGAUUCCGUUUCUCGUUCCCACCGCCCAUAUACCCAUUUAGAGGCAUAUAUAAAGGAAACCUAGCUUACCUUCGACUUCAGACUCUCUUCGAUACUCGUGUCAGGUGUUCCCUUGCUGUAUUUGCUCUGUCUGUUUUAGAAAUUCUAAACGUUCGGUUAAAUCUCAAGUGAACUGACGUGAUAGGGUUUCAAAACCGAAUGUUUUUAUUCCAUUUAUUUUCUGGAAACGAAACAUGAUCGAAAUCAAUAACAGUAACAACCAUUACAGUGAUAAGCUUCGAAAACUGCAAGACUCUUCGUUCAAGUGUUUCGAAUUAGUUAACGUUGAAGCGCAAAUCAUUCCGCCGAUUCGUAACAUUAACGACUACAAGAAAUAGAUCUGAAAUGAGGCUGUUGAACUUGAAAGCUGGAUUUUUAAGGCGGAGGGCUCCAGACUCGCCCUUGUCGGCCAGACCACAGCCGGAAGAGGCUCAAAAAUGGGCUGAAUCAUUUACUGCUCUUAUGGCAUCCAAAUACGGAUCUUCCCUUUAUCGCGCCUUUUUACUGCGAGAAUUCAGCAACGAGAAUCUGGAAUUUUGGCUGGCCGUUGAAGAAUACAGGAAUUCUAAACCCCAAAAGAUGGCCGCUAAGGCUCAACAGAUUUACAAUGACUUUGUCGCUGUCCAGGCUGCUAAAGAGGUCAAUCUGGAUUCCGAAACGCGACUCAUCACCUUGACUAAUGUCCAGUCUAACAAUCCUGACCAGCACGCAUUCGAUCGAGCCCAAAGACGCAUCCAGCACAUGAUGGAACGAGACUCCUACCUACGUUUUCUGCAGUCAGAACUGUUUCUUGAACUCGUUCAAACGAACCAAUGUCCAACAUCAACCGGUUGCGGUACAAACGACUCUUCUUCAGUACUAUAAAAAAAAAAACAAGAAACAAGAAAAUCACAAGCAGCACCCGAUGUGUAACUGUACAAACGGAAUGCUUUAUCAGGAUGGCUGGAAUGAUUUUCGUAAGGCACCGUCCCUCACAUUUGAUGUGAAAUCGUUUAGCUCUCGCACACUGUGAUAUUAGUCGGCGUCGGUUCGUCUUUCUACUUUUUCUAACGUUGAUUGCUUGAAUUAUAUUUUCUAGAAAUGUCCAUGUUUUAUGUUAAAAAUCGAAAUCGACUAAAGUUGAAGUCUAUAGUCCGUCUCUGAAAGGGAUCGUUCCUCUUGCCAAUCCGUUAUCUGUGUCUGUGAAAUGCUACCGAAUGAAAGAGAAGUUUCCUUUCAGUAUCCUUCAUUGAAACCUUCAUUCAGAAUUGGGUUUGCUAAAAACUGAUUUGUUAAUACCAUUCGAUAAAAGAAACAUGGUCGGUGGACCCGAUUCUUCUAUCGUUGUUAUCUCUAUUUUGAUACUGAUCGUACAGUGAUAUCUACUUUUUAAAAAACAAAUGGCCACACUAUUUCAUGGAACGUACUGUAUGCACUAAAUUGACUAUGUAAUGGUGUUAAUUGAACAACAAAAUGAACCAGUAAAGAAAGAAUUCAUUUUUAACUUUCUCCCACUGUAUAUAUGGAAAGAUGUAGCCAAUACAGAAGUUUAAUCACAA